CAUCAAACACUCUGAGGAUCACUCUGCUGGGGAAAACUGGAGUCGGGAAAAGCAGUCUGGGAAACACCAUAUUAAGAAGUGAUGCGUUCACAGUCAGAAAAUUCACCAAGUCUGAGCCCAGUUCCUGCGAAGCACAGUCUGGGUCCAUAGAUGGAAGAAACAUCACUGUGGUGGACACUCCAGGUUUCUUUUCCCCAGAGAGAUCUGAAGAGGAUCUGAAGCAGGAGAUACUGAGGUGUACCACAGAGUGCGCUCCUGGGCCCCACGCUUUUCUGCUUGUGUUUAAAAUAGAGAAAUUCACAGAGCAGGAGGAAGAGGUCAUAACAAAGAUAGAGGAGUAUUUCUCUGCAGAGGUUUUCAAGUUCUGUGUCAUCGUUUUCACGCACGGCGACCAGUUAUCAGGAGACACAAGGUUUGAUACGUUCAUCUCCAAAAACAAACGCCUGAGCAGCCUGCUGGAGAAGUGCGGCGGACGCUGUCAUGUGGUCGACAACAAAUACUGGAGCCAGAACCAGCAGGAUGAAUACAGGAACAACCAGAAGCAGGUGGAAGGACUGAUCCAAACGAUAGAAGAGGUUGUGAGACAAGCUGGAGGAGGAUGCUACACCACAGAGAUGAUGCAAGACUGGCAGAAAAAACAAAAUCCAUCAGAGAAAGAAAUAUCAGAUUUUAUAAUAUGGAAAUACCUAGUGUUUAUUGUGGUUAUAGGUUGGAUUUUUGGUUUUAUGUUAAGUGUGUUCUCCAGCUUCAUUAAGAGGUAGAAACGCCAACUUCAGCUGCUGUUUCUGCAGAAAUGUUUUGCUGAAAUAAAUAAAACUUUGGUUUGUUUUUUUUUAUUUUUGCCUAAAAGCUCCAUCACUGCUGAGAAAAUUAGAAAUGUUUUGAAUUGUUUUCCUGGUGUUUAUUAAGCUUUGAUUUUCAGUAGAAAUAAUUUAGUUAAGAACCAGAUCAUUUAAACUCAACUGCUUCUCUGUAUAUAUUCUUUUCCAGAAAUGUAAUCAAUUUUACUAUUUGAACACGUGUUUUGCCUAAUCUCCAAAGUACUGAUUUAUAUAAAAAAAAUUCUGUUUUCUAAUUUCCAUAAGAGGCCCUGUGACAGACUG